AUGGAAUUUCAAGCUCCACCUCCGGAGAAAUCAAAGCCUAGGAAAAGGAGAAGAUUUGUAGGAUGGAGGAAAGUUCGUAGGAGGAACCCAGCAACUAGAAAAGUUCCCAAAAUUGAAAAUCCCAUUGAUAAAGGAAAAGGGAUCGAGAUUAAGGAAAAUGCUAGGCAAGUAGAAAUAGAAAUUGGGGAAAGUUCUAGCAAAAGGGUUACUGGUUUUGACAUUAUUCCUCCGGCUUCUGCAAUCUUGGCUAGUGCUGCAGGUCAGGCAACUAGAAAUGCAAGGCGGAUUUAUGUUAGUGAUCUUCCUCCAAGUGCUAAUCAAAAGACUGUCACAACCUUCUUUAGUCAUGUAAUGGCUGCCAUCGGUGGAAAUGCUGCUGGUCCAGGUGAUGCUGUUGUCAGUGUUUACAUUAAUCAUGAAAAGAAGUUUGCUUUUGUUGAAAUGAGAUCUGUGGAGGAGGCCAGUAAUGCAAUGUCUUUGGAUGGGAUUAUAUUUGAGGGAGUGCAUGUGAGGGUCAAGAGACCUAGUGAUUACAAUCCAUCACUAGCUGCUCCUCUUGGCCCAAGUCAACCUAAUCCUAACCUAAACCUAACUGUGGUUGGCCUUGGGCUUGAGCAUCCUUUCCGCAUACUUGUUAGUGGGCUACCAUAUUAUUUUACGGAGGCUUAG